AUGGAUGCACCAACCUCGCCAGCCAAGCGGCGCGUCCUUGGCGAGUUGAACCCCAAUGCCGCCUCGCCCAAGGCCUGCCGUCGCACAGAUUUGAAGCUUGCUGGCGCAUCACCCACCAAGCAACAGCUGCCACGGAGCCCGAUCAAGAUGAAACUUGCCCCUCCUACAAUAGAGCAGCAGAACGCGUCACCCUCGAGGAAAUUGCGACAGCCACAGAAGCAGCAUAUGGAAGCAGAAGAGUCCCCUAAGAAGCGUCGCUCGCCUAGUCCUGUCUCGCAACAGGCUGUGACUGAGUCGUCGCGUCAGGACGCGGAGAGAGAUGAGGUCGUGGAACCCCCCGCGAAGAGGCCUUGCUUGCAGCAGAGUGCGGAGGGGCAGCAAGGCGCUCAGGAGAGUGUUAAGUCCCAGUCCCCUCCUCCCUCGUCCAUUCCCUCGACCAUCAUCGACACCGGCCGGUCUCGUGCCGCCUCUCCUGAAUCUCCCUCCGUUUUCGACGCCACUGCCGCAAAUGACACCACUGUCCUCACCGAACCAGAAACUGCUGCCGCUCCAGCGGCACCAGCCUCUGCUAUUGCGCCCGCGAUAGCCGUGCCCCGCAUCCCAGACAUCCCGCGCCCCGCGCCAUAUAUCGCGGCCAAAAGUAGCUACCCUGUCGAAAAACCACAAAAACCACGCCUGACGCGUGAACAGUGCCGUGAGAAAGCUGAGAUCCUCCGUCUUCGCCUGGGGCUCGCGUCUUACAAAGUCCGUACUGGCCAGACCGAAGUUCCCCUGGAGCAGCUUGAAAAGAAAUUUCUUCCCACGCCGCAGAACCAGCAAUCGUCGAGCCCCCGCGGACAUCCCCAUGCCCAUCCUCACCCCCAGGCCUGGCAUCCUCAGGCAGGGUCAGGCCAAUACCGGCCCCCUAACACGGGAGGUUCAAGCUCCUUCAUGGUGGCUGCUACACCAAAGAGGACCCCGCUGCCCGAGGCCCCGGUGAGGAGAAACUCGGUUCCGUAUCAGUAUCAGGGCGGCUACGCGCAGUACCAUCAUCAAUACCAGGCUCACCCCGCCUACGUGCAACAUUCGCGCUCCCACAGCAGCCGGCUUUCUCACCGACCACAACCGUCACGGUACUACCCCCGCGGCGAAAGUGAUCCCCUCCCCCGCAUCACCGAAGAAUCAGAAUCUCGGUACGGACACCUCGUCCCCCGAAGGGCAAGCUACGCCGGACCGGCGUCGGUGUCUACCCCCGCCCCGGCCCGGGCAGGGUCCCCUUCGGCAGGGGCUGCACCACAGAGUGAGGGGGUGAAUAUCAGGAGACGGGAUAGACUGGAGUUGCUUACUGAUUUGGGGAAUAGUAGUAGUAAUAAUAGUAGUGGUAGUAGUAGUAGUAGUAAUAGUAGUAGUAGUAGUAGUGAGAGUGAGAAUGAAGAUGAGGAGUUUGAUGAAGAGGGUGGAGCGGCGAGUGGGUUGCUGAGGCUGGCUAGGGGGAAGUUGGGGGUGUGA